AUGUCAGGGGCCACCAGUGACCAGCUACACCGAUCAACUUUAUCCGUCUAUGCUAACCUCAUGGAGCAUUUCAACCCUGGCCUACAGAAGCUUGUUGCUUUAGGAAACAGCUACGUCAAAGCUUUUCAAGCCUUAGCUGUCUGCAGUGAAGCUUAUUUCAGUGCUGUGGCUAAGAUGGGUGACCAGGCCCUUCACACACUUUCAUCUCGCUCUCUUGGGGAUGUCCUGAUCCAGAUUUCUGAAACACAGAGGAGACUCACUGCAGAGAUGGAAGGAGUGUUUCGGUGGUUCCAGGUAGAGGUUUUGCAAGCCAUGGACAAGAAUGUCAAGUUGGAUGAGGAGUACAUAGAGGGGAGCCGCAGAGUUUAUGAGCUGGAGGUGAGAAACCAGGCAGAGGCUUUGGAGAAACAGCUCAGACGAGGAGCUUACAGGGACUCCCUGGAGAACAGUGAGUACAUGUUAUAUCUGAGGCAGAGCCAGCAGGAGAUCCUGAAGGAGGAGGAGAGGAGGUAUCGCUUCCUUGCAGAGAAACACUGUGGCCUCACUCAGUCACUGCUCUUCCUUAUAAACAAGACUGGAGCGUCUCUUCAGCAGAAGGCAGAUGGAUGGAAGGAGAAAGUGAACGACACCAGAGGGUCCAGACCUCGCACUCCAACCCAUUUAGACCAAGAGGCACAGCUGCGGGGUUCUGUGAGCUCCCUGCUGCAGACUGUGGCCAGAGAUGAGGAUAUGUCCUGGGCCAGGAGGGAGCAGCAGGCUCUGGGGAGAGUGCCAUCAAGAGCACCAUCUCCCAUCCCAAGCCGCUCUCGUUCCAGCUCUGUUGGAGAGUCUCUUGGUCUUGGAGGAGGAAGAGCCAUGAGAGCGCUAGUGUCCCACCCCUCUUCAUCCAACCCGAAGCUUUUACCUUUCAGCAGGGGAGAGACCGUCACAGUUCUGGUUCAGGAGCCUCGAAACGGCUGGCUGUAUGGACGCACGGACAGCAGCCUGCGACAAGGCUGGUUUCCUGCUGCAUAUGUGGCUCCUAUAGAGGACUUCUCCAACAACUUAUCGAUAAGAAGCCACAGCAUGAACAACCUGGUGGACACUGACCAAUCAGAGAACAAGAGCUAUGGAGAUGUUCCGCCUCCAGCCACACCUAAUCGCAGAGCCUCUGUAGACGUCCGGCCAAUUUCUCCGCUUCCUGAGAAGAAGCUGGAGGUAGCUGUGGAGGCAAAGCCCAAUCAGACGAAGACCCACAGUGAACACCCACCUCCACCUCCGCCCCCACCACCCCCUCCUCCACCGAGUCAGACACUGAGAAGGAGCUCUGUGGAUUUUCGACCAAUCUCUCCUCUUCCUGAAAGGAGGGAUGAAUCAGUUUCUGAUGUCCAGGUACUACAGAUGUUUAUGGAAUUGAUGUGUUAUACGCCACAUCUGCAAUCUUUCUUUUCCUAG